CAACGCCCAUCCUAGCGCUCCGUUGGUUGCCCGCCGGUCGAGCAGCUUCAAGACAACGACCGCCGCCGACCUCCGCGACUCGCCAAGGACAACAGCAUCUAUACGCCCUGCACACUAUAUCUACCAUGUCCUCCGUCUCGUGCAGCCCACCGCGCCCCGCGCCCAUCAAGUACAAGGCCCCUCUCGGUACUCGCUGGGAGAAGGAGAAGGCAGCUGCUGGCGGCGCCAAGGCGUUUGACCAUCCCGACGACCCCAAGCAGAUCGGUCCAUGGAUCCUCGGCGAGUGCGUCGGCAAAGGCGCCUCUGGUCGCGUCAAGAUCGCCAAGCACCAAACCACUGGGCAGCUCGCCGCCGUCAAGAUUCUCCCUCUUGCUCCUCUCGUCAGCUCUCGCCGCCACAACUCUGUCGAUCCCGCGAAGGCCGAGAAGAUGCGCCUGGGUAUCGACCGCGAAAUCACCAUGAUGAAGCUCAUGAAUCACCCCAACAUCAUGCGCAUAUAUGAUGUCCACGAGGGCGAAACUCAGCUCUACUUGGUCCUGGAGUACGUUGAAGGCGGCGAACUGUUCGACUUCCUCGUCAAUCGCGGCAAACUCUCGUCUCCGGAGGCGCUCGUUUUCUUCAAACAAAUUAUCUACGGCCUCAAUUACGCUCACACUUUCUCUAUCAUCCAUCGCGACCUCAAGCCGGAGAACAUCCUCAUUGCCUCGCUGUCUCCCCCUUCCGUCAAGAUCGCCGAUUGGGGCAUGGCCGCCUUCGCUCCUCCAACGCUCCAACUCGACACUAGCUGCGGCUCUCCUCACUACGCUAGCCCUGAAAUUGUCAACGGCGAGUCCUACACCGGCAACUCGACCGACAUCUGGAGUUGCGGCGUCAUCCUUUUCGCUCUGCUGACUGGCCGCCUUCCGUUCGAUGACAAGGACGUCCGCACUCUGCUCGCUAAAGUCCGCUCUGGCCGAUACGAUAUGCCCGCCUUCAUCGACCCUCUUGCCAAGGACCUUCUCUCGCGCAUGCUCGUCAUCGACGUGAACAAGCGUAUCACGAUGAAAGAGAUUCUGGCGCACCCCUGGCUGCAGACUCCGGCUUCUCUUAUCGGCUCCAAGCUCCCCAUCGUGCCGCCGUCUCUGAUCAACCCACCGCUACCGCCGCCGCCUGAGCUUCUGGCCCGUCCGAUUGCCUCUCCGGAUCGUAUCGACCCCGAGAUCUUCCGCUCGCUUCGCAUUAUCUGGGGGCGGCAUGCAGACCCUAAGGGCGAACUCAUCAAGCGUGAUCUCUGCUCACCGCCUGGCUACGGACUACAUGCUAAGGCGUUCUACUAUCUUCUGAUGAAGCACCAAGAACGGCUUGCCCCUCGCGAACCAGCUGUCUACGGUGGCGGUAGCUCGUUGGUCAGCUUCCCUUCGUGCGAUGGCUCCGUUCUUGGAGCGAUGCGUCAAGACCUCGAUCGUAUGCUUGGUGGUGGUCGACCUGCAUCGUCAAAGCCUGGACCAUCUCGCCUCCUGGACAUUGACAUCUCGGACGCUGCCUCAGUUCGCUCCGCCUCUACGACGCCUUCUCAGACUGCGUACACGCCUCCGGUUAUGUCUCGCACUGGAACUUCGCACAGCUCGCGCGACCGUCCUGCCUCUCCCGCUGGUCCUCGUCCUCAGUCUACUGCUGGUCGUGCUCGCACUGAUGUUCUCCGCAACCAUCAAGUUCAAGACUGGCAGACUGCUCCUCAGCAACCCCGCGCGUCCUUUGCCAUGCACUCGCGCCCGCCGUCCGCGGCUUCCCACCGUUCUGGAUCGUCCGAUACCGAACGCUCUAUUCGCCCGCUUCCUCCUCGUCGCGGCUACUCGCACAGUGGAGCUGCUGGACCGUCGACGGACAGGUCGUCCGCGCAGCGUGCCGACGUCGUGAUGUUCUCGGAGCGACGCCGCUCAGCGGAGGCUCCUCGCGCUUCGCAGUACACUCCGAUGGAUAUAUGCGCGCCGAAGCCGGUGCGCUCGGUGAAUGCGAGGACUCCGGUGUAUGGGAGCGAUGCGGAGAUGGCGCAUAUCGAGGACAUCGCGUCGAACCGGACGAACCGCAUGUCGGUGCGGCAGACUGCGACGCCCGACGCGCGGACGACUGCUACGCCCGACAUCAGUGAGAAGGUCACUACGUUCGACGUCGAGAAGACCUCCACAGAUGUGGCCGACUGGAGCUAUGUCAACGUCGAUACGCCGGUCCGCGCCUUUGGCAAGGAAUUGGGCAACGUCGCGCGCCCACAAGUUGACGAGUUGGCGAAGGAUAUGCCGCAGAAACCGAAGUACGAAGUCGCAACUCCGCCUCGCAACCGUGCGCUCUCUGUCCUUGGGUCCCCCAUAACUCUGGGCUCGCCUAACGCGUCGAUGAAAUCUCCCGUCGUCGGCGAAUUCAAGGGCUGGUUCUCCAACCUGUUCCACUGGAAGAACCACACGACCGCCGACGUGAUCUACUCCGCCAACGACGCCGUCCGCACCCGCCGCGAGGCCAUCGGCAUCCUGCAGUCCAUGGGCGUGCUCAUCGAGGGCGCCGCCGCGGACGCGGGCGGCUGCAUGGUUCGCUGCCGCGUCGAGGGCACGGAGGAGGUGAAGCCCGCGCGCUUCCGCCUCGAGUUCGCGCCCGCGGGCGCGGCGCUGCCGCAGGAGCAUCUCGUUGGUGGUAGGGGCGUGUAUGGGAGCCCGAUGCUGGACGCGCGGCAUAUGUUUCCGCUGGGGUGCAUGUCGGUGGUGACCGUGUUUAGGGAGAAGGGGUCGGGGUCGACGGUGGCUGCGGCGUGGAAGCGCCUGAAGGACGAGUAUGAGGGGCGAAUGGACGGUGGGGAGGAUCGAAUGGUGGUUGAAGCGUCGGGGAUCCAGGAGGUGAUGGAUCGGGCGCAGGAGAAUAUCGUGCUGGUUUGA